AUGGAGAAGCGGAGCCGCUUCGCGCCGAAGAGCGAGCUGGAGCGCUUGGAGCGCAUCGACCCCGAGGUGGACGAGGCCAACGCCGUGUUGGUGGAGUCCUUCCUCAACGUGAAGCGGAGCUUGGGGGCAGAGGUGGGUGAGGCGACGGGCCAGCCGCGCCAAUCGCGCUGUUUGGUUUGCACGUUCGCCAGCUUCAAGGACCGGACUGUCAGUUUGUCUGCCAAGCAAGGACAGCAAUAA